UAAUACAGAUACAAAAAACAAAAAGCCUAAAUUUGAUACAAGCCCUAAAAGACAUGCGUCCACACUCAAGCUACCACCGCGAGAAAGGCUUACGGCUGGAAAGUCCAAGAGCUUUGUUCAGCCCUAAAAGACCUGCCCUAGAGAGAGUUUAUUGAGGCAUCUCCAGUUUGAAGCUAACUUAAGUCUCAUCUCCUUUACACUAGUUUCAUCCAGGCUGAAGCAGAUAGUAGUAAAGCUAUUGAUCUUGAUAAGAAGGUCCAGGAAGCAAAUUACCAUUGGGAUUGCUUGAGGAGCCAGCUGCAAGUGAAAAUAUUUGGUAAGUUAGUUCUGUGUUCUUGAAAAUCUGUGUUAAUAGUGCUUAUAAAUCUUUGCUUAAAAAGGCUUUUACCACUAGUUUUCAUUUUUUGGCAUAAGAAGCCUGGUAUCUUAAUAGUCAUAUACUUUGAUCAAAGUUGGUGCAGCUUGUACCUUCUAUUGAACAUGGGGUUCCAUAUUUGGUUUACUGUUCUCCGUUAAUUUUUACUUUUGGUUGUGCGGACAAGGGAGGUGGGGGCAGCUAUAGAUAUAUAUAAUUAAGACACAUUAUCUAGACACGUUAUGGGACCUGAACAUCCGGGACGUCUUAGAUUGUAUGGACGAGGGGUUACAAGAACUUCUUUGAAAGGAAAAAUGGUACAUUUUGAAUCCUCUUCAAAUGCUACAAAUGAUCUGGUGCAACAAAUGGAAGAAAGGAUGACAAGAAUGUUUGAGGAACAGAAGGAACAAUUUGAGAAACAGAAGGAACAAUUUGAGAAACAGAAGGAACAAUAUGAGGAACAAAAGAGAAUGAUGCGACAAGAAAUUCUAGGAGAUAUCUUUGUACAGCUUCAGCGUUCAGGAUUGCAAAUUGAUCCUAAAAUUAUAGCAAACUUGUGUGCUCAUUCACCAGGAGAAGCUUCGUCCGCACAACAAGUAGCUAUUCAACCAAUCAACAGGCCAUCUUUUGGCAGCAACAAUCAAGGUGAACCAAAUGAUCAAGGGGGAGAUGAAAGCAGUGAAGACCUUACCUAAAAGUAUUGGUUGAAGAAUAUUCAGACAAUCUAGGAAUGUUUUUAUUUUUGAACUAUUUUGCAAACUUAUGUAUUCCAAUUCUUGGAUUAUUGAACACUUUUAUCGUAUAUUUUACUUUUAUAAAUGGAUAUUCAUAGUUGUAUAUUUUGAAUUAUGAUUCUGUUGA